CAAUAAGCUAAGUCAGCCAGCUAGUGUGUGUUACGCGUGGUUUGUGAGUGCGAGAACUACCGCGUUUGCGUACUUCUGUAGACUGAUUGAUAGAUUGCAGAUCGAGUGAUCAAAAGCUACCAUGGAUUUUGUGGCCAAACAGAUGGUUGGGAAACAGCUAGGCGCAGUAAAAGGCGCCGUGGGCGGCGGCGGGGGCGAAGAACAGGAUCCGGAAGAGAAGAAGAAACAAGAAGAUGAGGAAGCCGCCAUUGCGGAGGCGCGGCGGGAAGCCGAAGAGAGGAGGAAAGAGAAACACAGAAAGAUGGAGGCAGAACGCGAGGAGAUGAGACAGGGCAUAAGAGACAAGUAUGGUAUCAAAAAGAAGGAGGAGAAAGAGGAAGAGCAAGAACACAUGGACGAAUCUGGGAGAAUCGGUAGAAAGAAGAAGUCUCCCGAGGAAAUGCGGCAGGAGGCAGCAGCAGAGGAAGAGGAAGACGACAGCUUAAUGGCUCAGCUACCCGUCGACCUGAAAUCUGUCACAGACAAAUUUAACACCAUCAAGACGGAUAUGUCGGAAAAAUGUGUGACGAUGUAAGGUAAUUGGAGCGAGGGGGCGAGGGCGUGGUCACAAGCAAGGCAUCAGCAGCGAAGUCAUGAGGUUUGUUGAGGGAUUUUCACGUAGGAUGCACGUGGGUGGGCACGGAAGACAGCUGAGAGACUCAUCCGUGCUUGCAAGGAUUUGAUCGCGCUCGCCGAACAAGUUGAUUCACGAAUGCCGGAGCGCACAGGUUUAUUCCUUUGCAAUGAUUGGCCUUGGACCCCUCCUUUGGAUCGUAGCUUGAUGCAAGCAGUUCAGAGGGGUGUCUUCACCCGUGCACUGAAUGGCCAAGUCUUACUGUAUUAACUGUGAUCUUACAGAACACCGAUGCUAUAGAAUGCAGUUUGGUUUUGGGGUUUUCACGCACGCGAGGCUAUGUAAUCGCGCACUCGACCCGUGUGAAUUCUAGCUAGGCUGCCGCAUCUUCUCAUUUGGUCGGCUAACGUACAUUAUAACGUGCCAUUGUAACAGCUAACCAUAGCUCGCCAGUUUAUCUACACCUCGCUAUUGAUUCAUCUGAAGCUGUUUGCUGUACACUUCACGAGAAGCGAAUCCGGGUUCAGUUUGAGGCGGGGAGGCGAGCUGAUGGGAUGUUAUCAAAUGAGGGUGUUUUUCAGCACCACAUCACUCUCUUCAGAAGCGAGAAUGAACCGAACGGUAGAGGUGCACGUAAUCCCUUAUGUGCGUGACGCUAUCGUAUGUCGCAACAUCCACUGUGUGUUGCAUCAUCUUGCAUUGCAUGCUACAUAUACUCAUUACUACAAACGUAGAUAUUGCAUGUGUACAUAUAUGUAUAUAUAUAUAUACUAUAUAUAUAUAUAUAUAGGUAUUAUGAAUAUUAUAUUAUGUAUAUAGUAUAUAUAAUUAUAUAUAUAUUGCAGAGUUAUUAUAGUGGAAUUCGCACUUUCUGAUUGCCAGUGUUGAAGUUUCACUUUGUUGAUGGCUAUGUUUGCACUGCGUUUCGGCGUUUCUGUGUUUUGCAGGUCUUCUGAAUAUAGAGAUAGCCUUGCAAAAGUGAUACUCAUUCUCGCCACGUGCGCUAACUCCUAGCAGUAGUGCAGGUGACGUUUACUUGAUCCACCCUUUCCUUGUGUAAUCCACCCUUUGAGCAUUCAACUGUGCCAAACUGCUGCAAAAUCAUCACAGGAAUAUUAAUUGGGCAGAUUAGUUUAACUUCGCUUGAUAUAUGCUGAAAAUUUUCGUCGUUAUUAAGUUGAUGCCUGAUGCAUAAAACUAUGCGUUCAUAUUUGACAGAAGUUCGGAAAGUUUCCAAUAUACAAAUUCCAAUCGAGUAGAGAUUCAAUAUGGCGGCGAGUUGUCGUCUUGUUUAUAGGUUUGUGUCAGCAACGCAUCCGCUCAAAUUCUAAUUACCGCCACAAGCAUCGAUCAUAAACACGAUUGUGACCCCCUUCGGAUUUCCUGGUCUCCCUGAUUCCUACUUCUAUCUGUACGUCGUAGCGAUGACGUUGCCUGAUGAAUUCACUGUACUCUCUACCGCCUCGGCAAUGUCUUAUAGUGCGUUGUUAGUGAGCAGUGUGUCAUGUGGCUGCGUUUAAGCACUACAGUCUUGCUCCAUGGCAGCUUAUUCAGACUGCGCGGUCUCAUCUUGCCAUUACUGAUGAGCAAUGGCUUCAUCGUCCUGUGAGAUUUACUGAGAGUCCGGUGAGUCCCGAAACACAUUACGCGAGUUUGCGGCUUGGAGACAUACUGGGCAAUAAUAGAAGAUUGAAUCUUGCAUAUAGUUUACCUGAACACCCUUAAGCACAUGCUCCGAAUGUGAGUAACUGAUGAUGGUCAGGGGAGGGGUGUGGAGUGAUAGCAGAAGUAUGUGAAACAGGAUAAAAGGAUGAAAAUGUGAAAACGGGAGGACAUGAUUAAUGGUAUUGGGGAAAAUGGCAGUGCAUAACAUUAUGGCAAAUGUAGCAAAUGAUAAUUGUGGUUCACAGCUUUCCCUAGCCGCAGGUAAACGUUCCUAAUGAGAAUAAAACUGUUGAGAAGCCAGUAGUGGCAGGUAUUUACUAUUAGUGACAUUGUGUCUUACUGGGUUAGCCCCGCCUUGUGGUUCAGUAGCAUUACGUCAACUUUCCGAUUAGAAAUCAUGAUCAUCUGUCGGUGUAAUGAUCGCAAGCGUUACAGAUAACACUAACGAUACGCUGUCUCACAAUUACGGAUUUAUUGAAGUGGAUAUAGGGUGAGGAAGGCGAAUCACUGUUAUAUAUGUAUAUAUUCACUGUUAUAUAUGUAUAUAUAUAUAUCAGGAGCUAAUAAUGACAAAUGUUGUCUUAUGUUGUCAAAUGUUGACAAAUGAUGACUUUGUUAUUAUUAACUCCAUAUAUAUAUAUUUAUAUAUUUAUUUAUUUAUAUAUAUAUAUAU